CUCGGAAAAAUACGAACCUCGCUGCCACCGGCGCCUGGAGAGGAGCGAUUGCGGAUCCCACACCUGCAAACUCACCUUAGAAGUCUCAAGGUGCGGCUGGGGCAGAGGGGCCAAUUCCCCAAGGCCUCCACCUCUCUGCGGGUGGUCUCCGCCCCUGUCCGGGGACCCGUGCCAAUGACCCUAGUGGUGGUUUCGCUUUCUCCCCUCUCGGCUGUGUGAACGUGUAUCCGCAGCGUGAUGGGUAACCAGGUGGAGAAACUGACCCACCUAAGUUAUAAGGAAGUUCCCACGGCCGACCCGACCGGCGUGGACCGGGACGACGGGCCCCGCAUCGGGGUCUCCUACAUCUUCUCCAACGACGACGAGGACGUGGAGCCGCAGCCGCCGCCCCAGGGGCCGGAUGGUGGCGGCGGCGACGGCUUGCCCGACGGCGGGGACGGGCCGCCGCUGCCACCGCCGCAGCCCUACGACCCGAGGCUGCACGAGGUGGAGUGUUCGGUGUUCUACCGCGACGAGUGCAUCUACCAGAAGAGCUUCGCGCCGGGCUCCGCGGCGCUGAGCACCUACACGCCCGAGAACCUGCUCAACAAGUGCAGGCCUGGCGACCUGGUGGAGUUUGUGUCGCAGGCGCAGUACCCGCACUGGGCUGUAUACGUGGGCAACUUCCAGGUGGUGCACUUGCACCGGCUGGAGGUGAGCAACAGCUUCCUGACGGACGCGAGCCAGGGCCGGCGCGGCCGCGUGGUGAACGACCUGUACCGCUACAAGCCGCUGAGCCCGGGCGCGGUGGUGCGCAACGCGCUGGCACACGUGGGCGCCAAGGAGCGCGAGCUGAGCUGGCGCAACUCGGAGAGCUUCGCCGCCUGGUGCCGCUACGGCAAGCGCGAGUUCAAGAUUGGCGGCGAGCUGCGCAUCGGCAAACAGCCCUACCGGCUGCAGAUCCAGCUCUCGGCGCAGCGCAGCCACACGCUCGAGUUCCAGAGCCUGGAGGACCUGAUCAUGGAGAAGCGGCGCAACGACCAGAUCGGGCGCGCGGCGGUGCUGCAGGAGCUCGCCACGCACCUGCAUCCCGCCGAGCCGGACGAGGGCGACAGCGACUCGGCGCGGACUACGCCGCCUCCCGGGCGCGCCCCUGCGCCGGCCCGGGAGGACGAGGCCCGCCAGGCGGUGGUGCACUGAGGGGCCCGCUGAGUGCGGAGUCUUGAGAGGGAGCCUUCCGCAGCGGCCGCCGCCGCCCCCUCCCUCCUCUCACUCCCUCCUCCAGCACCUUCCGGGCCCCAUCUGCGCUCCAGGGCCCUUUGGAAAAAAGGAGCGUUGGCGAAAUAGCGCAGCCGGCUGUGGCUUGAGCUUGUUAUCUUGGACGGAGGAGGAAGGGGGAGCAGGUAGGAGCACUUUGGCCGGGGGGCACUUCCUGCCCUCCCGUUGGAUCAGUCUUCCUUUCCGAGGUGGGCCAAAUGGUGGACUUGCUUGAUACUUAAUCCUUGCUGGACCCGGGUCCAAAAUCGACCCUUCUUACGCACUCGGGGGUGGAGGCAAGUUCGGAGUACCAGUGCCUGCUAUUGCGUCCUUCCUGCUUCCCCUCCUCCCCUGGGCUUGGGGGGUGCCCUGUACUGAGGCCUGAGAGGGUUUGUGGGGGCGCCCUGCCAGCACGGAGAGCUGCAGAUUUGCUACCCCCGCCCCUGAGGGGGGAGUGUGGGAUAUGGGAAGCCGAGUGAUUUACUUUGGGGGAUUCCUGCGGUUUAAGGCUGGAGAGACCAGGCCCAGGUCUGGGAGCAGCAGACCACCACCAAGCAGCUCCCCCGUGAAGUGUAAUAAAUAGUUGGGUAAACUUGGGCUGCACAACAAAGACUUUGCUACCGCCCCCUGCCCACCCCCACCGCCAAGUAAUUCAUCUUCUGGAGCUGACUUCCAGGAGAGUCCCCUGCUCCAGCCACCACUUCCCAGGUUCCCAGUAAAUCAUCGUCACAGGCCAGCUAGGAGAGGGAUUCAAUUAUGAUUCUGUCUUGCCGCCUUUGUUUCUAGCCUGCUUUUGUAGGCACUUGGAGCCGCGUUCUUACCAAAGGAAGGAAGCCCUCUGUGUCUCUGAUCUAAUUAAAACUGCUUGGCUGUGUUCAUCUGCAGGUCACAUAGGGGGUUCGCUGGUGCCACCCCAUGAAGUAUCCACUACAGAAGCAGUCAAAUGGGGUUGCCCUCGCAGAAAUUAGUUAAUUUCCCACUCAUCACCUAACCCCCUUCCUGGACAGUGAAGGUAACCUUUUGUAAACUGUAAGGCUUUGGUGGUGGACCUGUGAUUUUUUUUUUUUUUUUGCCUCCUCACUGCCCCAUCCCCCUCACUCACUUUUGUUCUGCCGGUGAUAAAAUCUUAGGCUUGAGGUCUAUUCAGUGAUAAGGUGUUUUGCUAGCCACACCUGAUGCAAUUUAAUCAAGAGGCAAAGUCUUGUUAUAUCGCAGCCUUCUCUUUGUUCCUUGGAGAACUCUCCCUCCCCCCUUUCAGUGCGAUUUCGCAAUUAAGAGGGGUGACAGCCAUCACAAAUUAAAUGCCACCUGGUGUAGUCAGCACCGAAUCUGGUGACAGUCCUAGGGCACAGGUUGGUGGUUGUGAGAUGUGUUGGCAGCAGGCUGGCCUGUACUCUUGGGUUCUGCUGCUGAUCCUGUUUGCUGUACUGUGGGGCUUCUAGAAAUUUUAACAGCCCAUCUCCUGUAUUCACGUGAGCACUUGGAUGAUGUGUGCCCUCGAUUUCACAGUGCUGUUUUGCUGCAGAUUGGUACUGCUAAUGCCGUCCCAAAGUCGCAUGAAGUUUUCCUUUCUCUUGGGUGUCAUUUUAGAUGACACCGAACAAGUCCUUUUCUGAACAAAUUCUUAGAGUUGGAAUGGAAUCCUAUUUGAGCGUCGUAUAAAACCCAAUCCUUGGGUUUUCUCCCUGGGGGUUUCUAACUCAUGCAACAAGACUUGAAGGAUUUCCUUGUAUACUUUUUUCAAACUUGGAAGUUGAUGCCAUAAUUUUUCAAAGCCUAGACUGUUGUAGCACCUCAAUGUGAAUUUAAUUUUAGGGGCAUUUGCUGUGUUCCCUGUUCUCACAAGCAUCACCAAGCAGGUCCUAUCCCUUUGCUACAGAGGAACCACACUCAGCCAUAGUCUGGGACUUUGGAGAGAUGUCAGUCACCUGUGGGAAAUGUAGAUCUAGUUUUCAUGUGUAAUAAUCUCUCAGCUUUGUGUUUAUAUUCUCUUGUUCAUGGAAAAGCCAAGCAAGGUAAAAGAUAUUUAGGAGAGCCUCACACAUCUAACAGAUACGGGGUUUUUUUGUUUUUAUGCUUAACACGGUAGUUGAAAGACUAGUGUGCAGACAGCAAGAGGGGAGAACAGAACAGAACAGCACUGUCUAGCAGCUCUGGGCUGGCUAACCAGCUAGCUUUUCCACUCGCCUAUCUCUGUGGGCCUCCUUUGCCCUCAGUUAGAAAGUGAAUGUCAUUGGUCCCACAGAGGUAGGUACACCAGUGACUGUUGUUACAAAGGAACUGCUUUUUGUGGGAAGUCUCCACCUGAAGGAAGAACUCUUAGAAAAUCCACAUCUAUAGUAGUAGUCUGCCUCUAGACAAGAGGUUUUUUGAAAAUGAACUAGAAGAGAAAAUCCAUCCACUCCAGAGACUGUUUUCCCAUGUCAUGCGAGCAUUUUUACUGGCUACCAGAGGUGUGAAGUACGUAAUACGAAGAAUGAUUCCAUUGGAAGUUUUCUUAGGGCUCUCUGAGGCUCUAAAGCACCAACCAACCAAUGGAGGCUCCAAGAAAGGGGAAUCUGUCCACGCAGGCCUUUCCUCAAGGUGGCAGUGUUGCGGAUAAGUGAGUUCACAAUGUCCAGGCUAUGGCUACAUCUGGCACUUUAAAAAUAUAUAUAUAUUUAAUAAUUUUUGUUUCUCCUUGGGAAUAAGACUUUAGAACUAUUUUGUACUGUGAAUUAUGUAUGUUCUUUGAAAGAAAUACUGAUUCUAACGUUCUUCAGAAGCUGUGGCAGGGAUAAGCAGGACCCCGGACUGGAUCACAUACUAAAAGCAAUGAAAACAAAUUCUAUUUUCUUAUUUGAGCAAAUAUUUUAUUGAGACUGCUUAUGUAUGUCAGAGGAGCCCCCAACAUCAGCUACACAACUUUUUGUAUCAAAAGAACUCGUGGUUUUUGUAGCUUUUAUUCCACAUGUAAUUUAAAAUGACUUUAUAGCACUAAAAUGCCUAUAGCAGAAGACUUGACAAACCAGACCUUUAAGGAAAUUUUUAGUUUUUAUGAAAAAUUACACUUCAGUGGUUCAACUUCUCGUGUCUUCCGUGCUUCUGGCCCUAAGAGCACCACUAGACAACACAACAACCACAUGGAAACAUAUUUUUGGAAGCAAAACUUUAAUUUUAUACGACAUACGCUAUGGAGAGUGAAGGAAAAUUAAUGACUACUUGUUUUCUAUUUUUUUUCUUAACAAAAUGGAAUCCACUGUGUUGAAGACUCUUGAUAUCAUGUGAUUGUCUAACCAUUUUUUUUAAAAAAUACAUUAGAAUAAAAUCUACGAUCAUGGUCAACAAAUGGUUUUGUUUGGAAAGUUACAUUUUAUUUGUGAAAAAAAAAAUUUUUUUUUAAAUCAUGGUAACUACAAACUUGACUGGUUUAUUCAAAUUUUCACUAUGUUUUGUUAGCUAUAAUUCUUGUGACCCCUGGAGAAUUACAUUAACACAGUAAAUUCUGUGUAUAUUUUAUUUCCUAGUGAAUUGUGUAAACUGUAUUUUUGUUGAAGAAUGUAUGUUAAAUCAAUGUUAUGUUCUCAUACUACUUCUUGAGAAGGAGGUUCCGAUUUGAAAUUGUAUCAUUUCCUUCAAAAUGAAGGGCAGUGUUUAGUUAAAUAAAAGAUUGAUGACAUCUUUUGAACCACUUCCUCUCCACUCUCUUAUUAAAAUAAAAUCUGUCAAGUCCUUUUGGAAAACGCUGUAAGGGUGUCCAAUAAACCAUCUAUCUAUUAGUGUUAA